UUUUUUUUUGGGGGCAAAUCAUUUCAGCCACACCAAUCGCCUCCAUCUCUGUUCUCGUUCUCAACUCUGAACUUGCCCUCUCUGUGUCUCUGCAACUGCAAACUACAAAAUCUACAAGAAUCAGAAGUUCAAAACCCAUAUACUUCAGUUUAUCUAUCUGUCUGCAGGAAUCAAAAGUUCAAAACCUAUUACCUAUAUCAAAACCCUUAUCGGCAUAUCAUUUCAGAUUGUUCAAAAAAUCAAAACCCAUAUCUUUCAGUAUCCAUCGCCCGCUGUUCCAGUUCGGGUUCGUCGUUCACAAGCUUCAGCCGCUGGCCCGCUGUCUCUCAAUUCUCAAGCUUGCCCCCCUCUCUCUCUGCAACUGCUAACUUGAUUUGAAAGACUAAUUGGUAAAUUUGGAUUGAACUUGAGUCUUGAACAAGCUGAAGGCCUUAUCGUGGAUUAUAAUUUUUACAAUUACAGCAUCCUACGGUCCUACCAUCUUUUAGAGUGCUUUCAUCACUUCAGACUGACUUUUGUGCUUUGAGCAACUUGGAGGAGCUUGAUUUGAGUGUUAGUGUGAAGGGGCUGAUUACAGUAAAAGGUUACUCUUACAUUAGAGCGUCUUGUGAGGAGUUUCAGAGUGCAGAUACUGUAAUUGGGGCAAAGAUGCCUAAGGUGGGACGUCCUCAACUUGAUGAAGACGAUGCUAAUGAUUGGGAUGAUAUAAUGUCAGAUAUUUUUUGUAAUGACAACAGACCUGCAUUUCUCUCUUUUAUGAAGAAGCUAUUUCGAAAAAAAAUACCAAAAAGAGAAAAAGUUGGAAAGGAGGAAUUAGAUGGUUAUCAAGCUAAAUAUUGUCCACCAGAUAUUUUGUAUUCGAUUUGUAAGUAUGGGGCAAUAGAUUGUGCCAUUGCCUUUUUCGAAGGAAAGACCGGCUUCAUCGCGAAUCUUAAUGUUCCCUUUUUUGAAGGAAUAUAUCCGUUGCAUUUAGCAGCUAAUUGUUUAUCGUAUGAAAUGGUCGCAUUGUUGCUCUGCCACGGAGCUCGGACUGAUGUCAGAACCAUAGAGGGUUGGUCGAGGGGUGACUUACUUCCUCUCAAUGUGUCACUUGAAACAGUAAGUUAUCAUGAUUACUUCAUUAAUUGGACUCCAAAACAAUCUAUCUUCAAGUUGAUCAUUGUUCUUUGCCUACCUCAAAUGAGAGUACCAUUAGAAAUUAAUAGGUUGCUUGCAUCAAGAACAAAGGAGGUUGAUAAAAUAUUCAGCCAUUAUGCUAUCCAGGGAGAACUUAUUGAGAUGGCUACUCUGUUGAUGGUUGCUCGAGAAAAGAUUAUGCCUCUGAGCAUGUUUGAAAGCAAAGAUGGUCCUAAUUUAGAUGGAAGCAUGUCAAUCUGCGAAAGCAUCAUUGAAGAGAAUGUAUCUCUAACAGAUGAUAAAGUCAAAUUGAUCGGAAGUCAUAAGAAUGGUAAGUUGGUCGAAGAGAGUGUAGGACUAACUUCCCAACGGGCCAGUGGGCUAGUGGUAUCAGACCCUUACUUCCCAAAGAAAGGUCAAGGGAUCAAGCCUCCAUGGAGGCGUGUGUGUCUGAGUAACAACUAUGAAAAUAGAGAGAGUGUAGUAGUAGAACUAACUGAAGCCGAAAGCAAAUUGCUCAGAAUUCAUAAGAUUGGAAAAUUGGUUCGGUCACUAAAGGAUAGUAAGGCAGCGAUGACUCAGGGACUGCUGUUGCUCAAAGUGUUUGAAAAGGCUGGUGCUGCUGUUGAAAAAUACAGACAGUCAGUACAAAGUGAAACGCCAAAAGAAAAGGUGGUCAAUGACAUUAAGGCGCUGCUUGAGAGAGCCGGGUUUAUUUUAAAGGACACAGAAGUUGAUUUAAGUGACAUAGACUGUGAAAGUGAAAGUAUCAAGGUGGCAGCAAAAGGAUUAGAAAGCAGAAAAAGAUUUGGGUCGCAUUUAAAGGAUAUCUGGAUGCCAUCACCAUCGGGCAGUUUUUCCAAGAAUAAGAGUUCAAGUCCAUACAGAAUGGGGCGAUGGUGGUCUGUUUUAUCAUUCCUCCAAUAUGGGAACCAUGUUUUUCGGCCUUCGUUCCACAUUACAUUCCCACCCAUGGAUAAGAAAAAGGCACCUUCUUUUUCUAUAGAUGAGUCUAGGAGACCCUUAACAAUGAGAAUAUCUGCACCAUACCUUCUAUCAAGAAAUCGAUUUGCCUCCUUCGCAUUUGCAAUCAAGAAGGGGAUAACUCGCAUAUGACUGGCUAAUAAUCUUUGAAUGUCCUCGUCAGUAGCAUUGUUAUCAGUUGUUCGUGCAGGUCAGAGACUUGGCAUCAUCACUCUUCCGGUGGUAUUGACGUAGGAUUUUAUCUUUGGAUUAGUGAUUUAAGUUAUUAGACAUUUUAUUUAUUUUCAGUUAUGAGAUUUUAUUAGGGGUCUAUACUUGAAGAUUCUCAAGUUGUAUUCUUUUGGAGAAUUUUAUCUUUAAAGAUUAAUGGAUUUUAUUCAGAGGAUAUUAUUUAUUAGUUUU